UUAAUUUUCACAAUUCAUAUCCUUUCUGACGAACAGUAGCUGUUAGACUCUCUCUCUAUCUCUAUCUCUAUCUCUCUCUGUUUUUCAUCUUCUCUAACAUACAAAUCUCAGCCAAAUGGGUUCAGAGGAAGAGAAGGUCGUUGUUCCGAGAAACUUUAGAUUAUUGGAAGAGCUAGAAAGAGGUGAGAAAGGAAUUGGAGAUGGGACUGUGAGCUAUGGAAUGGAUAAUGCUGAUGAUAUUUUUAUGCAAUCUUGGACUGGUACCAUUCUUGGUCCUCAUAGUACUGCGUAUGAAGGAAAGAUCUUUCAGCUGAAACUAUUCUGUGGAAAGGAUUAUCCAGAAAGUCCACCUACUGUGAGGUUCCAGACUCGGAUUAACAUGGCUUGUGUCAAUCCUGAGAAUGGAGUGGUUGAUCCAAGUCAUUUCCCUAUGCUUGCUAAUUGGAGAAGAGAAUACACAAUGGAGGAUUUACUCAUGCAGCUUAAAAAGGAAAUGAUGUCGUCGCAGAACCGCAAGUUAGCUCAACCCGUGGAAGGUCACGAGGAAGGGAGGACAGACCCAAAGGGACUAGUGGUGAAAUGUUGUAUUAUGUGAAGGGUGCUAAUGUGGAAUUUGUAAGAAUUAAAAGAGACAAACAGUGUAUAUAAACAUCAAUUAACUCUUUGAGAUGGUCUGCCUCAGAACCUCUUCUUCUACAGGCCUUAAUCCUACCAAUUUGAUUAUGUAGUAUGUAAUGUUUGAGAAUAUAUUCACCAAAACAGGUGUUCCUUUAUAAACCUUCACCCUCCUUCACUU